AUGAGCGAUAAAUCAAAAUCACCUCCAACAAAGAAAUUAACCAAAAAUAAAAUGAAGAAGCAAUUUUCCAAUGAGAAAUUCUCAACUAAAAACUACCAACCAUCAAGAUUUGUCGUAGCCGAGAGAUUAUAACCAAUAACGUACAUGAAUUAGUUUCAUUAUUGAUAUAGAUACAAAGCAUAAGAAAUUCUUAGUGAGUUUCAAACUAAAAUUGAAGAUGCUUUCUUUUCUUAACCAAAUUAAUUGAAAAGUGUGUAGCCUAGUUAAUAGAGAGUGUUAUAAGUAUUACUCAUAGAGAGUUAUUAAUUAGCCAAAAGAAUAUAAAAAGAAACCGCUCAGAAGAUAAGAGAACGAUAUGCAAAUGUAUAAAGACAUCUUUGUGCAACCCAAAGCGGAUGCAUUGCAAGAGCUAAAGGAAAAAGAGAAAGAUUUUGAAGCACUCUUCCAUAAAGGGCAAGCAAAACAAUAUGACAAAAUACUUAAUAUUAAGGAGGAUGAGGAUAAACCAGUCAAGAAUUUAUUGGGCUCAUUAUUAAAUGAAUAACUAAUGAAGUCUACAGCCCCCAUUGACAAUAUUGAUUUAAAAAAAGAAAUUGACAAAGUAGCGUAAAUGGAUUUACCUGUUCAACCGGAAACUAACUUUUAGUUCUUUGAUCAAUAGAUUUCUGUCCAACCACCAGAUCUACCAAAUGCUAGCAUUGCAUCUCCAUUGACACCUGGAAAUGGUUAUGCUCCAUCAAUACCCUACACUCAUAAUGUGAAAGAAAACAACAGAACUAGUAUCAAGGAUUUACUUGUAAGAGCCAAGGCUGGUAUGUAAGCAGGUGAUAUAUAAAAGGAAGCUCAUUUAUCAUUUUAUUUAGGAAUGGUUUAUGAGAGUAGCAAAAAUCAUAAUGAAGCUGUGAGAUUCUAUAAGAAAUUUGUGGCUUGUGCCAAAUUGAUGGAAGAUAAAAUAGGAAUGGCAUUGGGAACUAACAGAGUUGCCUUUAAUUAUUACAAUGCUGGUAAUUUCACUAAAUCAAUUGAAUUUCAUAAACAAAAUCUACAAUAUUCUGAUCAGGAGAACAUGUUUACAGGGUUUUACAAUUUGGGUUUAGCUCAUAGAAGACUUAAGAAUUAUGAGGAAUCCAUUGAUUAUUUUUCUAAUGCUUUAGAAUGGGCUCAGAAAAGGGAUGAAGCAGAAUCCUCAUGUAUUUCCUAUGGCUAGUUGGGUAUAGUGUUUUUGGAAGUUAAACAAUAUGAUUAAGCAUUUGAAAAUUUUUAAGUAAUAAUUAUAUACAAUUUGAUAGAAUUGUUAUGAAUUGGCCAGGAGAUUGAAAAAUCAUAAAUUACAAUUAGAGUGCUUAUUAAAUCUAAUUAAAAUAUCAGGAUAUCUUUAAACCUCAACGGAAGUGCAAACAUAAAUUUUAAAAAAUGCCAUCUUAGUAAUUUUAGCUUUUAUUAUUUAAGUGUGCGAACCAUUUAAAUGAAAAAUCUAUAGCCACACUCUGUUUAUGCAACUUAGGUGUUCUUGAAUCAAAACCUCCCUUACCAAAUUAACAAUACGACGAUUUAGAAUAUGAAUAAUUUUGA